AUGGCAACACCACCCAGCUCACGUACCAUCCAGAUGGUGCAGAACGAUCAUGAUAAGGUCACAAUGGAAGACAUAACUCAUGAGGAAGAUAAUGAAAAUCAAGUGGAAACUUUGGAAAAUGAGGAGGCCAUUACUCCAGAUGUUGUUGCCAUGCACAGAGAGAAGUUAAAAAAGUAUCUUGAGGAUCUAGAAAGACAAGAGAAACUCGACAGCCUCAGGGCUAUACUGUCCUUCGACACACCUUCCAACCAGGAAGGGGUGGAUCCACAAAACAAAAGCAGCGGCAGUGACCCACUUGAAACCUUCAUGACAGCCCUUAGACAGAUGUCCUCGGAGGAGAGAGAGGAUCUCAUUACAGGGAAGAAACAAAAAGGAAAAGGAAAAGAAAAGGAAAAGGAAAAUCAAAGCAAUGAUGGUCUGGAUCAACCCUACCUCCCUUGGGACUUAGCUGAAAUCUCAAAGUUCACCAAGAGAAUUGCUGAAGCACCCAUGCCCCCUAAGACGAAGCUACCUCCAAACUUCGACAGUUAUGACGGAACUAGAGAUCCUGAGGAUCAUCUCCAAGCUUUCAAGGGGGCAGGACAACUGGGACGGUGGCCCAUGCCAGUUUGGUGCCAUAUGUUUGUGCAGACCCUGACGGAGGGAGCCAGGCUCUGGUUUGACAGCCUUCCCCCCGGAGAGAUUGACAGCUAUGAAGAGCUAAGUGAAAAGUUCCUGAGGAACUUUGGUCGGCAAAGGAAAGUGGUCAAGAACCCAAACGAAAUCUUGCACAUAAGGCAAAGGGACAAUGAGCGGAUAGAUCAAUUCAUGGAGAGGUUCGUCAAGGAAAGCAUGAACAUCAAGGACGUCCCAGAGGUCAUGAAGAUCAGCAGUUUCAUUAAUGGGUUAAAACAUGCACAACUAUGCGAGAAGCUGGGAAAGGAGUUCCCAUACUCGUUUGACAACCUCAUGGACAAGGUUAGAGCCUUUGUCAGGGGCAAGGAGACAGUCAGCAAAGCUAAGGAGAUGGACACCCCACCCCGAAGGGUCAACCCAGCUGCAAAACCUCCCGAAAAAGGGCCAAAGGCACAACCGAACGAAUACUGUGACUUCCACAAGGGGUUCGGUCACAAAACUGAUGAUUGUGUGUAUCUAAAGAGGGAAAUAGAGGCCGCGGUGAAAACGGGCAAACUGGCCCAUUUGGUUAAGGAAAUUAAGGAAGGAGGAGGGGAUCGCAAAGGGAAAGAUGCGAGGGAGCCUGGAAGGGCCGAUGUAGACAUGAUUCGAAGGAGGGAUGAAUUUGAUACCACCAGAAGUGUAAAGGCCAAAAUUCUGGGCUCCCCAGACCGCAUGAAAGCUCCCGUCUUGAUGCCACACCUGGAGGAAAACGAGGUGCAGCGACUCCCCCUCAACAUCUCAGCCAUAAUAGCAGGUCACAAGGUGGCCAGAAUACAUGUGGACGGGGGAUCCGGAGUAGAGGUAAUAUAUGAGCACUAUUUUCUCAGAUUUGACAGGGAUGUAAGGGAUAGGCUCGAGGAGGACUCUAUCCCCCUAGUAGGUUUCAACAACAGUGUGUCACACCCCCUGGGAAAGAUCAGACUCCCAUUUACAGUCGGGGUAGGAGAUCGUGUCCGAACUAUAAACCUAACUUUCACAGUGGUUCGAGCACCCUCAAAAUACAAUGCAAUCCCGGGGAGACCUGGGAUUGGGGAUCUACAAGCACAGGCAUCAACCCCACACGGAGCUUUAGUAUUCCAAACGCCAAAAGGCUUGGCUUGGGUAAAAUCUGCAUAUGAAGUAAUUUCUUCCGUACCUGAGGGGGAAAUAUCUGAGAAACCCCAAAAGGAUGGGGUCGAAGUGUGGGUCCUUUGUGACAGGUUCCCGGAGCAGACAGUUAAAGUGGGAAGUCACUUGAGUGACAAGUGUAAAAGUGCUCUCAAGGAGCUGCUCCUUCUUAACAUAGAUGUAUUUGCAUUUCAACAUGGACACAUGACAGGAAUUCCAAGAAGCUUGACCGAACACCGACUCAAUACAUACACCUGGGCAAAACCAGUCAAGCAAAAGAGACGGAGCAUGGGCCCCAGCAAGAGGAGGGCCGCCCGUGAAGAAACCAAGAAGCUGCUCAGAGCCGGAAUAGUAAGAGAAGUGAAAUACCCAUCUUGGGUUGCUAACCCGAUCAUGGUCCAGUAG